UUGAUGUGGUGGACACUGUUCAUAAUUCAAUUCCGCAAUUCCGUUUCCUAAUUCCUAUUUUAAAAAGUAGGCUAUUAGGCUGUAACACAACAGUUUAAAUACUGUAGAGUAUACAUGAUAUUAAGAACGUCUUGAUGUGAUUGAAACACAGGAUCGAAAUUUAAAUACGCGUCUACAGUAUUUAUAUUCAUGUCCAAUGCUUAAUGACCAAUAGUAUAUUACAGUAUUACCUACAAUCAUUUCUGUCUUGAUGUACACUCGACUUAAAAAAUUAAUACUAAUAAAAACAAAUAUAAUUUUUGCUUGAACCUUAAAAACAAAGUCUAUUGUAAAUUAAUAGAAUUUGAAAUCAACGAAUUGUGUUCUAGGAAAAAUACAUUAAAUGACUCCAUGUCACAAUAAGUCAUAAAAAAGAUAAAAAGGAAAUUUGAACUUAUUAAUGGGCAGUUUUAUUUUUUUCCAAAAAUCAAUGAUAAAAUGUAUGUGUGACCGGUACUUUUUUUAAAUAGAUGCGAUGGAUAUACUUGAAUCAUUCUAUAAGGAAAUAUUCAAAACAUGUCAACAGAUUUCAUGUAGGCAUUGUAGGAGCUGGUCCUGCAGGGUUUUAUUGUGCACAACAAUUACUUAAAAAGAUACCUGAUUGUCAGAUUGAUAUAUAUGAAAGAUUACCAGUACCAUUUGGUCUUGUACGUUAUGGUGUAGCUCCUGAUCAUCCAGAAGUAAAAAAUGUUAUAAAUACAUUUACUAAAACUGCAUCAAAUAAAAAUGUCCGAUUUAUAGGCAAUGUCUCACUUGGCUGUGAUAUUACUUUGGCACAACUUAAAUAUUCCUAUAAUGCCAUAGUAUUAGCUUAUGGAGCUGAUGAAGACAAAAAAUUAAAUAUUGCUGGUGAAAAUUUAUCCAAUGUUUUAUCAGCUACAAAAUUUAUAGGAUGGUAUAAUGGUUUGCCAGCAAACAAAAAUAUUAAAGUAGAUUUGGACGUUGAACACGCUGUUAUUGUAGGACAAGGAAAUGUUGCAUUAGAUGUUGCAAGAAUAUUAUUAACACCUAUUGAUGAACUGAGAAAAACGGACAUCACAGAAUAUAGUUUAGAAACUUUGACACAAAGUAAAGUGAAAAAAGUCACUCUUAUAGGUCGCCGAGGUCCUUUACAAGUAGCAUUUACAAUUAAAGAAUUUAGAGAAAUGUUGAAAUUACCCGGAGUAAGCACAAAUUUUUUUGAAAACCAAAUUAAUGAUAUCAAUAAAAUCAUAAGUGAUUUACCGAGACCUCGUAGACGAUUAAUACAACUCAUGUAUGAUGCAUCACAACAAAUAGAAGUUCGAAAUAAAUCGUUUGAUUUAUUGUUCUUGCGAACGCCUAUUUCAAUAUUAGGUAAUACAAAAAUGGAAGGAAUUGAACUGGCUAUAAAUCAUUUAGAAGGAGAAAAAGCGGUGGUUACUGAUGAUAAGUAUACAUUAAAAUGUGACAUAGCUUUUCGUAGUAUUGGAUAUCGAAGUGUCCAAGCAGAUCCUGAUGUACCUUUUAAUAAAAUAUCUUCAACAGUACCUCAAAGUAUAGGUAUUUAUAGUGUUGGUUGGUUGUCUUCGGGGCCCGUAGGAGUGAUUUUGUCCACUAUGAGUAAUGCUUUUCAAGCAGCUUCGUUAAUUGGCCAACAUUUUGAUAAAGGUUUGCUUAGUGAACAAAAGGCAGGAUAUAAUUACAUUUCAAAAGUACUAAAAGAUAAAGGUAUAGUUACUGUUGAUUGGGAUGGAUGGAUGAGAAUUGACAAAGUCGAAGUUGAAAGAGGAAUAAAACAUGGUAAACCAAGAGAAAAAAUUGUCAAUAUUGAUGAAAUGUUACAAAUUGGAGGAAUACUAAAAUAAUAUUUUUAAAACAUAAUUGUAAUCUAACUUAGUAUAGAAAUGUUUAGAUAAAUAAUUGAUACUUAUGUCAAUAAAUAUUUUAUUUUAGAUACAAUAAUUAAUUGCUUUUCA